GGUCCUCGACCAUGCUCGGUAGAAAUAAGGAUAUAUAGUACGUACCAUGCGGACAGCCGGCACGGUACGGUACAGUACAGCACCAAACUAAAAAGCGGCCGGCCAUCAAUGAAUGGACAGAUAUCAUUUCUCUCUAGCACAGCAUUGAUGUCGCAUUUUCUAGACCCCCAACAUACAUUUGGCCGAUGAUACUUUUUGAUAUUCACUCUGACCUCUGUUGAGAUCUGGAAUCGUACUCACUAAUAUCUCAUCCUCAUCCUCAUCCUCAUCCUCACUCUUACUACCACUACCACUACCACUACCACUCUCACUCGCUUCGUCGUCCUCACCGCCAUCAACUUCUGAAUUAGAAUCAAUCCUCGUCAAUCAUUCCUCAUCCAUCCAAACGUCUGCGCAUGAAAAAGACAAAAGACAGCAUCAAAUCCAUUACUCUACAAAUUCCUUCCAUCUUUCCAUCAGCUUCGAGACCCCGUCAUCGAAAGUCUUAACAUACGAGUCAAUCACCCCACCUUAAACCCUACAUCCCACAUAUAUCGAAAGCCUGGUCAUAUCACAUUCACAAGUUUUCUCUAGGAAAAAAAAAGUCCCCUCCACAGGACUCAAUACAAAAAUCAGCCAAGGUGGCUUCCCGCGUUUUGGACUCGCAAGGUGGCACCCUGUCUACUGCCAUUCAACGUCUGCCCGAUUCUCUUCAAACCUAUCUCGACACGACCGUUCAACAUCUUCAAUCUGCCUAUUCGCAAAUACCCGAACCCGCUCAAGCUUACAUCGAACAAGCUGCAAAAUAUACACAUAUUGAUCAAGUUCCCCCUACAGCAUUAGCGGGUAGUGCCUUUGUGAUACUUGCAGCUGCUGUGAGUAUGAGUCGUUGGGGAAAUAGUUGGUUCAGCGGUGGUGCCAGCCGUUUGAGUCCUUUUUCGAGUCGAGGCAACCCACCGCAGGUACAAGAUGAGGAUUACGAAUACAUAACUGGUGAGGAUUUGGAGCAACCAAGAAGGAUCUAUGAUCCACAUUUGAGACCACCUCAUUCUGCACAAGAGGAAGAUGACGUGCUAUUGGUGAAGAACAAGGGAAUUACAUAUCCAGUCAAAUUUCCUGCUUACAGUAUCGGGGAUGGAAAGUUGGAAGUCAGUGAUGUCAGGAAAAGAGCUGCCGCCUUGAUGGAAGUUUCGAAUUGGAGGAAGUUGAAAUUGGUUUACAAGGGACAACAAUUAAAGGAUGAUCAUGCACUUGUUCGAAGUUAUGGAAUAAGAAAUGAGUCGGAAAUUCUUUGCAUUGUCGGAGAUGCGGCCACGGGAAGUGAAGAUUCCGGAGAUGAAAGCGAAGAAGUAGAAGGGACCGCAGCCAAGCUCAGGAAACGAAUUCGCAAAUCGAAGAAUAAGAAGGGGAAGAAGAAGAGCAAUAAUAAUCUCAAAGCGCCACAAAUGGAAUCAUCUGCGACUUCCAGAACAGCUUCACCAAUCCCUCCUCCAACACCUAAGACACCAAUCGAGAAAUUAAAUGCCAUCUCAGAUACCUUCCACAACGACAUCUUACCAUUAGCAGAAGAGUUUAUUGCGAAUCCACCAGAAGACCAAAAGAAGAAGGAUUUCGAACAUAAGAAGUUGAGUGAGACUAUUAUGGGACAAGUACUAUUGAAGUUGGAUGCGGUUGAGACGGAGGGUGAUCAAACAGCGAGGGAAACGAGAAAAGCUCUGGUGAGAGAGGUUCAGAAUGUUCUUAAUGAACUUGAUUCAAAGGUUCCAGGUGCAGAAUAAGGGCGUUUAUUUCGGCUAUCUUUUUUAUUUGGGAGGUAGAAGUGAAUCAAUCACCUAGUUUCGACUCCGGAUUCCUUCUGUAUUGAGUGCAUCUAUCUUUUGUUGCAUUUACAAAAUUUGUUCUAUUGGGAUGCUAUGCUAUGCAUAUACUGGGUAUGAUUGGGCUUCUACACUCCUAGGGAGGAAUUCUUUAUUGCAACAUUUGCAAUUUGGCAUGGCGUAUCGCAUAGAUGGGAUAGGUGUUAAUAAGUUGAUGAUAGGAAAGGGGGGGGGGGUUGAAUUGAAGUACAGGGGUGAGCGUCAUUGACACAUGGGAACGAUGCGAGAGGGUUGAUCAUUCUGUGUACAUCGAGGAACGUGAGCAUGAGCAUGAGAUGACUUGUGGUUUGAUAUUCUGGAAAAGCAUCUGCAUGCUAUUUGACCAGUGUGUUUAUAUUAAAGAGAACACAGAAUUGAAUGUAUGUCACAGCUAAACUGUAUACCCCGUUUUACCUUUUGCUCCAUGUGAUAUCAUAGUUGUGACAUAACUAAAGGGCUUUGACACUUAUUCGGAACAUUUUCGACAUACUCUACAACCGCAUAGUACAUCGGAAGUCUACCGUACCAUAACAUCUUGAUUGCUUAGGUAAAUUCACAACUACGCA